AAGGCAACGGUUGAGGUGGAGGCCAGAUAAAGUGCCGUGCGUAGCUGAUAUAUACCUGAUACCGUCCUACGGCUGACUGUGAAACGUUGGAACCGCAUUACCUCGUGCGAGGCAAAUAGGGAGAGUGUCGCUUGCCGAUGGUAUCUUGGACUCUCUCUCCUCAAUUCUAAGAGCUGACUCCAGGUCUUUGGCUAAUACCAUGGACAGCUCCAUAAAACAGAUGCCUGACAAAAGUAUAGUUGACAGGCAAGAAUGGGAAACUGUCAGUAUACUCUUUCCAACCAAUUCCGGGCCAGAUACCAAUCUUUGCGAUUACAUCGGUUUUGAUUGCAAGCGCUUGGGGGAGCGCUUUUUAUUUCCGGAACAAUACGACUCUGCCUCAAAAGAAGUCAGAGCUCGUUUAGCCAUGGCACUCAAGAUUGCGGCUGCGCACGCAAAAGUUCCCCUCGUGGAACGGGGAUGGGACAUGAAGAGGAAACAGAUGCGCUUUGAGUGCUUUCGAAGCAGAGCUCGUGGGAACAAGCGGAAACUAGAAAAGAAUGCAUCCAGCCUUGAGAAGAAAACUCGCAGAUCUUCCUCUAAACGUGCACCCAAGGGGAAACAGUGUGUCUUUCGUUUCCAUGUGUAUUGGCUACCAGAAGAGAAGCGAUGGUGUCUGUUUGGAGGUACUCGCGGAAACUGCAACACCCAUUGUUAUCAUUUACCAAUGGAGCCGUCUGAGGUUCAAAAGAGACUUGCGUCCAUUAACAGUAAGUACAACAAUGCAAAAAGUGCUAGGGAUGUAACAAAAGGAAACGCUCCGCCAACUGUGAUUGGGCAAUCUUUGGAGCUCCAAACUCAAGACACUGGGCGGGGGCAAAUGGGAAAUGAUCACAAAGAGUUGACUGAGUUUCCGGCAUGUCAGACAAUUGAUAGUUCUGCACAGUGUUCCUUACAAAAAAUGAGAUCUGGUCAAUUAUUUGGAUCAAAUUGUACCUGCGGGUCAUCUCUUGUUACUGUUGUGCAUGAGCUUGCAAGACCCUCUCAGCAACAUGGAACGAAUGAUGGAUUGGAGAGAGGAGAAGGUGGUUUCUGUGAUGAAACUUUGGAUUUUCCAGUGGACAUGGAAGAAUUGAAUUACUUUCCAGAAAAAGUGGACGAGUCUCCUUACAUGCACAAUCUGCAUCUCUACCAAGAAAUGGCUAGGCUAGCCUCUUUUGAUCAAGAAGCUGCAGAGUUAAUGACAAAGCUCAUGAGAGAAGCCUUAGAGAAGAUGCGGAUACACGUUGCGGAAAGGGCUGGUGAUGCACAUUUCACUGAUUCAAGAAUCAGAAAGGAACGGGAACGCCACGAGUUGAGGUCUAGCAGCUAUGGUCCUUCAGAAGGUAGCAUAUCAAGUAUAUUGCCAAAAAAGAAACGAAAAGAUCCCCCUAUUUAACAAAGUGGCGCAAACAAAUUGCAUUCAUAUUUAAUGUUAGAAUCAUCAAA